CGAGUUUCAUCUCAUUCGCUCUGUUGUUUUCUCUUUGGUUUCGAUUCUCUAACUCCUCCAAAUGGCGUCGAUCAAGUUCGUGGCUGCUGUCUUGGUGCUCAUGGUGGUGGCCGCGGCGGCCAUGCGCGACUGGAACGAUUCCCCUCGCGACCGCCGCCGCGAGCGGGAGUGCCGCCAACUGCGCGGGCAGCUGCAGCAGUGCUCGCGCGACAGUCCCUCGCCCCAGUGCUGCAGUGUGGCGCGCCAGUACGUGGAGAGCAAAGGUUGCCGCCCUCGCGACAUUGGAGCCGACCUCCUCCAGCACUGCCAGCAGCAGCAGCAGCAGCGAGGCGAUGACGAUGACGAUCAGGAGCGCCGCCGCUACUACAACGACGACGAUGAUCGAGAGGUUCUCGACUUCAUCCGUGGAGCAUGGUUCUAGAUCGUAGAGACUGUGGAGAGCAUGAAAAUGGAUGGGAGCUGAUCGCUCUAAAUAAAUGCUCAGACUUGGAGUAAUAAUAAGAAUUUGUUUGUGUGACAGCUUUUUACAUGAAA